UUUUGCUCGGAAGGGGGCCUCGGCUUCAACACGUGAGAGAGAGGAGCCUGAAGAGACUGAAGCAGUCCAGGAUCUCAGACUCCAAGAGGAUAUUAUUCAUGUGUGAACCGACAGAGGCAUAGGAAGCCAACACAAUGCCCACAAUCACUCUACCGCCGAAGGAGAAUGCUCUCUUCAAGAGAAUAUUGAGAUGUUAUGAGCACAAGCAGUACAGAAAUGGCCUGAAGUUCUGCAAACAGAUUCUGGGCAACCCAAAGUUUGCUGAGCAUGGAGAGACACUGGCCAUGAAGGGCUUGACCCUCAACUGUCUGGGCAAGAAGGAGGAGGCCUACGAGCUGGUGAGACGAGGCCUACGCAAUGACCUGAAGAGCCAUGUCUGCUGGCAUGUGUACGGCCUACUGCAGCGCUCAGAUAAAAAGUACGACGAGGCCAUCAAGUGUUACCGCAAUGCUCUGAAGUGGGACAAGGACAACCUGCAGAUCCUGCGAGACCUCUCCCUGCUGCAGAUCCAGAUGAGGGACCUGGAGGGAUACAGGGAGACUCGGUACCAACUGCUGCAGCUCCGUCCAGCCCAGCGGGCCUCGUGGAUCGGAUAUGCUGUAGCCUAUCACCUGUUAGAGGACUUUGAGAUGGCUGCUAAGAUUGUUGAGGAGUUCCGCAAAACGCAACAGACGUCCCCAGACAAGGUGGACUACGAGUACAGUGAACUGCUGCUGUAUCAGAACCAGGUUCUGAGGGAGGCCGGCCUGCACAAGGAGGCCCUCGAUCACCUCAACAACUACGAGAAACAGAUCUGUGACAAGCUUGCUGUGGAGGAGACAAGAGGAGAGCUGCUGCUGAAGUUGGAGAGGCCUGAGGAGGCUUCUGAGGUCUACAGGAAACUGCAGGAGAGGAACCCUGAGAACUGGGCCUACUACCAGGGCUUGGAACAGGCCUUUAAACCAGGAAGUACAGAAGAGCGGCAGAAGAUUUAUGAGGACUCCUGGGUGAAGUUUCCUAAAGGCCUGGUUCCACGAAGACUGCCGCUUAAUUUCCUCACAGGGGAGAAGUUUCGUGAAUGUCUGGACAGCUACCUGAGGAUGAACUUCAGUAAAGGUUGUCCACCUGUCUUCACUACCCUCAAAUCCCUCUAUACAGACAAAGAAAAGGUUACAAUCAUUGAAGAACUAGUAGUUGGCUAUGAAUCCUGUCUAAAAAGCUGUCGAAUGUUUCAUGAAAAUGACGAUGGGAAGGAGGAGCCUCCUACAACUCUGUUGUGGGUACAGUAUUUCCUGGCGCAGCACUUUGACUUCAUAGACCAGCCCAGCCUCGCUCUGGAGUACAUAAACACUGCCAUCGACAGCACCCCCACGCUCAUCGAGCUCUUCCUCAUCAAGGCCAAGAUCUACAAGCACGCAGGCAACAUAAAGGAAGCAGCUCGGUGGAUGGACGAGGCUCAGGCCCUGGACACUGCUGACCGCUUCAUCAACUCCAAGUGUGCCAAGUACAUGCUGAAGGCUGGCCUCAUCAAAGAAGCAGAGGAGAUGUGCUCCAAGUUCACACGGGAGGGGACGUCUGCAGUCGAGAACUUGAAUGAGAUGCAGUGCAUGUGGUUCCAGACGGAGUGUGCGUUGGCCUACAAAGGCAUGAACAAGUUUGGAGAGGCCCUGAAGAAGUGCCACGAGAUUGAGAGGCAUUUUGUGGAGAUCACAGAUGACCAGUUUGACUUCCACACCUACUGCAUGAGGAAGAUGACAUUGCGCUCCUACGUGGACCUGCUGAAGCUGGAGGAUGUCCUGCGGCAGCAUCCGUUCUACUACAAAGCUGCUCGAACCGCCAUCAAAAUCUACCUGGCCCUGCACGACAAACCUCUGACUGACGACAACAAGGAAAGCCAGGCAGACACCGAGAAUCUGACAGACAAGGAGUUGAAGAAACUGCGCAACAAACAGCGAAGAGCCCAGAAGAAGGCGCAGCUAGAAGAGGAGAAGAAGAAUGCAGAGAAAGAGAAACAGCUAAAGAACCAGAAGAAGAAGAAGGAGGACGAUGAUGAGGAGAUAGGAGGGCCAAAAGAGGAGCUAAUACCAGACAAACUGGCCAAGCCGGAGAAUCCUCUGGAGGAGGCCGUGAAGUUCCUGAUCCCUCUGAAGAACCUGGUACGCAACAAGAUCGAGACUCACCUCCUGGCCUUCGAGAUCUACUUCAGGAAAGAGAAGUACCUGUUGAUGCUGCAGUCAGUGAAGAGGGCUGUUGUCAUAGAGCCCUCCAACCCAUGGCUGCACCAGUGUCUAGUGCGCUUCUUCAAAGGAGUUGGUGAGAGUGCAGACUUGGCGGAGGCGGUGAGGACGGUGUUGAAGCAGGAGAUCUCCAGGCUGUUUGGGGAGAGCAACCCUCAGAGCUUCAACAAGAACUACCUGAGCCAACACUCCAGCUCCAUUCCACAUCGACUGGCCGCUGCUAAGAUGAUGGUCUACCUGGAGCCUUCCUCUGACAAGAUGGCCUGUGAGAUAGCUACAGCACUGGAUGAGUCACUGUCUGGAAAAAGCAUCCAGAUCUGUGCUGAGGUGCUGGAGGCUUUGCGUGACGGGAAGCUGGGCGAGGGCCAGCAGAAGGCUGCUGAGGCUUACCGUGCCGCUUGCCAUAAGAUCUACCCCUACAGCCUGGCCUUCAUGCCACCCGGUUACCAGGACAACAGCACCACAAUCAGCGCCAACGGCGACUUGUCGGCGGGAGAACAUGAUGACAUGGGAAACGAAAUGUGAGCUCUGAUGAGGAGCAGCAGCAGGAGGAGGAGGAAGAGGAGGAGGUGCGAACACGCCGCCAGACGCCUUAGUCUGCCAACACACCCAUUUUCCCAACCCAGCCCCCCCUCCUGUCCCUGGGCUAUGGCUGCUGUGAGUCGCCCUCGCAUUGCACUGAUCUGGAUGGACGGAGCGCCACAGGAGAGACGGGAAAGGGAGCUGGCACAUGGAGGAAGGCGAUGCCCAUUUAACUUUUUUAAACAACAACAGUUGUUCUGUAACUGAAAAAAAACUGAUAAAUACGGUAUGUGGAGGCAAAAAAGGAUUCUGGGAAAAGUGGACGUGGGUGGCUGAGAUGGCUUCUGUAAACACAGUCUAGGUUUUCUAUAACUCCUGUGUUUUCACGCCAUGUCCUUCUUGAAGGUGCAUCUGCUUCUCAUGUUUUUAAAAGUAAUUUAUAUAUUACAAACUGACAAAUGGAUUAAUAAAACAAUGUUUGCAAAACCAAACAGUACAAUUGUGGUAGUGGUGAUGAUGUUGGGGGUGAGUGUUGUUUCCUUCACUUGUCUGCACCUCUGCAGUUUGAUCUUGGUGGGAAAAGGUGUGACGUAUCCCAUAAAAACCACUUGCUUCCAGACCGAAUUCAGCACACUGUCAACCUGCUGCUCUUUAUCAACCAUCAAAGAG